AUGGCCGACCAGUUUGAUGACCGCACAUUCUGCUGGGAGUGUUAUUGGCCAAAUCUAGACGCAGACGGCAACACGACACUGGCGCCUGGUUGUGUUGAUUCGAGUUGCUGGAACCAGGGCGAUUUUUCUCACCAACCACUCGAUAUAUGUGGUACGGGCACAGAAUGCUGCGACGAUGAUAAGUGCUCUCCCGGUUGUGCCACCAUAUGUGACGGAUUUGUGGACUGUGAUAAAUCAACCGCCUGCUCCGAACCACCGUGCAACGACAUGAAUUGCAAUGAACAGUCAACCGCCUGCUUCGAUAUAAAUUGCGUUAACGAAAGCGAACAGUCUCUCAGAUGCAUCGAGCAGAAUCAUUUCUUUAGCCAGGGAGUACCGCUUAGCUGGGGGUGCCUGGACUUGCAAAACGCCGCUGCUACUACCACCAACGUCGCUGUUAACGAGGCGUCUCUACAAGACUGCAAUAUGGACAGUGAUAAGUUCCGCCCGCAUUUACAUUUUCACUCCGUUGGACCCUUAAACUCAUUAGAUUUAAAUCCUGUCUCCAAAGAGAUGGGUAACGGAAGCAUCGAUCCUUAUUGCUGCUAUACGAAACACUCCCGUCCUGUCGUCGGUCCGCCAUGCUCGACUCAUGCAGCGAGUAUAUGGCCGAUUACCAACGCGACAGCUGAGUGCAACAAUAACCUAAAUAGUCAAAAUAAUACCCAAAAUUGUUACCUCAAUCACUUCACGCCAAGAACAAAUAUUGAUAAGUCUUUCGAUAUUGUUCAGUGGUCUGCUGGGACAAUACAGCAAGACCAGGCAGAUCAAUCGCUUCACUCACAAGCUAGCAGUGCAAGCUUCAUACCUGAUGCUAUCACUAACACCUCCACCAUUUCCACACGUUCUACCCCAAAUUUAAGCCUGGAUUCAAGCCCCCUGACUUGCCUGACAAGCCGAGAAGUUAGCAUACAGUCCGUUGGCUACGUCAGUGACGAGUUGCAUAUAUGCAAAUGGCUUCCAAAUGGCGAUUCAGGACUUAUAUGCGGCAUCACAUUCCCUGAUGCCAAAUCUCUUCAAGAACACCUUGUACAAGAACACGCCAACCAGACCGAAGGGGCAAAAGGGGGUGGCUAUUAUUGCUGCUGGGAAGGUUGCCACCGACCACAUGAGCCCUUUUCGCAAAAAUCAAAGCUCCAGGGCCAUUAUCUUACACAUAGUAACUAUAAAAACUUCCAGUGUUCGAUAUGUGGGAAAUCAUUUGCACGACAAGCGACCUUAGAAAGACAUGAACGAAGUCAUCGAGGAGAUAAACCUUAUAAAUGCAAGAUAUGCGGGAAAGCUUUUACUGACAGCAGUGAACUUAAAACCCACAGGAGAAUCCAUACUGGAGAGAAGCCUUUCAAAUGCAAGCACCCUGGUUGCAAUUUCGAAACUGGCGAUUCCUCUAAUAUGUCGAGUCAUAAAUUAACACAUGGCGAGCGACGACAUAAAUGCCCUUUCCCCGGGUGCUCCAAAAGUUUCACACGGCCAGGUAUUUACCACAAUCAGCUAUUCCUAUCCACCAGUUAA